UUUUGCACUUUCUUUUUUUUUUUUGGAUUCUGUGUAUACCAUUUUCUUUUUCUAUAUAACCACAUUUUUUUUUUUUGUUUGAUGACCGUUAAUGAAUCCUCCAAGUUGUAUAAUGCCUUACAAGAACGUGACAUACCCCCUCGACCUUUACCUUCAAAAAGUUACCAACCAAGACGGAGGCGCCCUAGUUUAGCACCUACCCCUUCACGAACACCAAGUAUGUCUCUCCAUCGACGCGCAAACACAAAACCUCCUCUCCCUGAUUUCAAAGUAUUACCUCGUUUGGAAGAAGAAAAUGCAAGUUUACCUCCACAGUCUACGGAAUUCAUUCUUGCCCAAAUCGAACGACAAAAUGCUAUAUUGGACAACGAUCCCAAGUCAGUAUCUAUCUCUUCCAAUGGACUCAAAGCUCAUUUAUCUACACUUCAAAACUUGAUGAAUAUGUCAAAAAAUCAACCCAAGAAGAAACUUGUCAAGAAUAAUAGUACUCAAGAUGGUAGUCUGUCCUCCAAUGAUAAUACCAAUGAAAUUAUGGAACAGGAAGUAGAAGACGACGACAAUGACAAUGAAGAAGAAGAAGAAGAAGAUAUAGAUUGGGAGUUCUGGUCAGCAAUGAUCGAUGAUUUCAGUGGUGUGGCUCUCAAACUUCCCCAUCUGGUCUCCGCAAAACUCAGGGCAGGCAUUCCAUCUAAAGUCCGAGGUUUGAUCUGGCAAGCCAUGUCUCAAUCUGCAUCCCUCAAUCUUGAAACAGUCUAUGGACAACUUUUGGCUGAACAUUCUCCUUAUACUCGGAUCAUCCAACGUGAUUUGGCUCGUACUUUUCCUGGUGUCGAUAUGUUUAAACAAGAAGGAGGUGAUGGUCAAAAAGCUAUGGAACGUGUACUCACAGCUUAUAGUCUUUACGAUUCUUUGGUUGGGUAUUGUCAAGGCCUUGCUUUCCUUGUUGGUCCACUUCUUAUGAAUAUGUCUGAACAGCAAGCAUUUUGUGUAUUUGUCAGAAUCAUGGAAACUUACGAAAUGAGAACGAUGUUUACACUUAAUAUGGAAGGUUUACAACUACGAUUAUAUCAAUUCUCAAGUCUAUUAGCUCAAAUUCUUCCUGCAUUGUCUGAUCACCUUGGAAAUCACUCAGUCAAUGCACCCAUGUAUGCCUCUCAGUGGUUUUUGACUCUUUUUGCCUAUACCUUCCCAAUCCCUUUGGUGCUUCGUAUAUAUGAUAUUGUUUUUGCCGAAGGUGCUGCUGAAACGAUUAUGCGUGUAGCCAUUGCUAUGUUGAAGCGCUCUGAAGAUACCAUUCUGCAAUUGACUGAAUUUGAAGAUAUCCUUGAUUAUGUUACCUCUAAACUAUAUGACCCUUAUAAUGAUGACCCCAGCCAAGUGAUUGCCGACGCUAUGGAUCUUAGUGGUGUGAUUACUGGUGAUAAGAUGGAUGGAUUGGCCGAUCUGUAUUGUCAAGAAUUAGAAGAGGAAAAGAAACAAACUGAACAAGUGUUGGCUGCUCGUUUCAACUUUUGGUCUAAACAACAAGAACAACGUCAACAAAAAAAAUCACCUACCUCACCAUCAUCGACCGACAAUAACAACAAUAAUAAGAAAAAGAAACGUGAAUCGCUUAGUUGGCUCAGUGGGAAACGUCCAUCCUCAGCAUCAACGUCUUCUGAAGAAGAACUCAUGAAGAAUGCUUCGAAACAAAAUACGACAUGUAUUGCCGGAUCUGGUGUUCAAGAUGUUGCUAUGCUUCAUCAACAAAUUGAGGAGCUAUUGCUGGCCUUGUCUCAAAUGCAAAAGGAUCACUUGGAUGUCAAACAAGAACUAGUACAAGUACGUAUGGACAAAAUGGACAUGGAAACUGAAGUUGACAGUUUGAAAAUGACAGUGGAAGAACAAAAACAAUUAUUAUCAUAUGGUAGUGACACUGCAACUAUUAUGAUGAAGCUUCAACGGGACAACAAGGCGAUGAAACAAAGGAUACAAGAAUUGGAAGCACAACAUGACAUGUCUCAAGAUGCUCAAAGAGUAUUAGUGGAACGAUUGGUGGAAAUACAAAAUAAAUACGAUGUGAUGGAAAAUGAUAAGCACAAGGCCAUCAAGGAAUUGCAACGAUGGAAAAAAAGACAACAUGAUAGCGAACAUAUGGCACAAGAGCUACAACAAGAAAAGUUGCGAUUGAUUCAAGAAUUAGAAGACAAACAACGACAAAUCGAUAAAUCAACAACAGGUCGUCAACAACGCCGGCGUCCUUUAUCAGUGAUGCUCUCUUCAAAUACAAUAGAUUCAACAAAACCUAUGAAUCGUCGUCACUCUCAGGUCCCUUCCACCACUACCAGCAAAACACGACCAUCACCUGUGACACCCACAACAACAAGAUCGAGUCAUCAGCAAUCAACACCCAAGAAAUCAACAUCAUCAAAUCGACAAGAGGCACGAUGUAGGGAAUUGGAACAAAUGCUUGCUGAUGCCAAACUUCGAAUUGUUCAAUUGGAAACCAGUAGUGCUCCUACCUCACCGGCAGCAGAUCGUCCUAGUUUUGAUCGGAAUGAUUUACAAAAGCGUAACAGUAUCUAUGGAAGAUUAUGGUCAGUCUUAUCAUCUCAACAAGAACAACAACAACAACAAUCACCACCAUCAAGCCCCACAGUUGAUACUCACAUCUUUUCUUCCCCUACCACCACUGUAGAAUAG